CUUGGAAAUCAUGUCGGCGCAGAAGUCGGGACGCUCAGUGUUAGAGUAGGCAAAUCCCUGUUUAACAUAACUCAUUCUGUAAUUUUUGUAUUCAAGAAUACAUUAGUCAGAGGUUAUGUUUUGAAGGAAAACAACGUAUCGUUGCAGUGUCGAUUUCUUUAGAGUUAUUUGUUUGAGCCAUGGCAUCGCUAUCAGAGGAGGUGCUGCUGGUGGUGAAAAAGGUUCGCCAGAGGAAGCAGGAUGGCACACUUUAUCUGAUGGCUGAACGUAUAGCCUGGGGUCCAGAGGGCAAAGACCGCUUCACAGUCAGCCACUUGUAUGCAGAUAUUCGCUGUCAGAAGAUCAGUCCAGAUGGUAAAUCCAAAAUCCAGCUCCAGCUGGUCCUUCACACUGGCGAGAGUACCACAUUCCACUUUUCCAAUGACAGCAGUGCACUCAAAGACCGAGAGGCUGCCAAGGAGCUGUUGCAGCAGCUACUGCCCAAGUUCAAGAAGAAAGCCAACAAAGAACUGGAGGAGAAAAACAGGAUGCUUCAAGAAGAUCCAGUGCUUUUCCAGUUAUAUAAAGAUCUCGUAGUGAGCCAAGUGAUCAGUGCAGACGAAUUCUGGGCCAACCGGUUAGGAGACAUAAACAACGCAGACCCCGCACUAUACAACAACAAACAGGAAGUCGGUAUAUCUGGAGCCUUUCUGGCAGACAUUAGACCUCAGACUGAUGGAUGCAACGGCUUGAGAUAUAAUCUGACAGCUGACAUUAUUGAGUCCAUCUUCAGAACUUACCCUGCAGUGAAGCAGAAGUAUAGUGAAAAUGUGCCUCAUAACCUGACGGAGAAGGAGUUCUGGACCCGCUUUUUCCAGUCCCAUUAUUUUCACAGAGACCGCAUCAGCACAGGAACACAGGAUAUCUUCUCAGAGUGCGCCAAGCAGGAUGAAAAGGGGUUAAAGUCUAUGGUGGUUCAAGGAGUGAAGAAUCCGUUGGUCGACCUCAUGGCGUUAGAGGAUAAGACGUUAGAUGAGGGUUACGGGGCUUGCACAACAACACCCUCAACUUCCAGCUCAAACAGGACGGUGAAGGAGAGCAGCAAUGCGGCCAUUAUAAAGCGUUUCAACCAUCACAGUGCCAUGGUGCUGGCGGCAGGCUCACGCAAGGGGGAAACACCAACUGACCAAGCUAGUGAGACGAGCAGUACAGAUGGAAACUCAAGGGAUUCUGACUUCUUCCAGCCUCCUGUAAAGAAGGUCAGAUUACAAGAAGCCAUUGAAUAUGAAGAUCUGCAAAGGGAAAACAGGCCAAAAACAAUUGCGUUAAACCUCAAGAAGUCUGACAGGUACGCCCAUGGGCCUGUGCCACUUCAGUCUCAACAGUAUACGACAAGCCAGGAUAUCAUCAACUCUGUCAACUACAUCCAGCAAGAGAUGGUCAAUUACAAACCCAACCUCACUCAGGUGUUGUCCAGCACAACCGCUAGCUCUGCUAUUGCAGCACUUUCUCCAGGUGGCAUCCUCAUGCAGGCAGGAGCACAACAAGCCAUAAAUCAGAUGGUACCUACUGAGGUUCAAGGAGAGUUAAAGCAUCUUUAUGCAGCUGCUGGAGAGUUGCUGAGACACUUCUGGUCCUGUUUUCCUGUAAACACACCAUUUUUGGAGGAAAAGGUGAUGAAAAUGAAGUCAAACCUCGAGAGAUUUCAGAUGACCAAGCUUUGUCCUUUUCAGGAGAAGAUUCAGCGUCAGUACUUAAGUACAAAUCUCACAGGGCAUUUGGAGGAGAUGUUACAGACAGCCUAUAGCAAGUUUCACAUCUGGCAAACCCGUCGCAUGAUGAGGAAAACCUGAGGUCUGAUGGUUUGUCAAAGAGAGGACAAGGAAGAUGUGAAAGUUUAUGGACAAAUGGCCUGUGAAGGUUCUCCAGACUGCUGUGAAGAAACCACAGAUCACAGUCUGAUGGGGCGUGGUUAACCAGGGGCUUAAUGAGGAUAUAGAUGGAUGCUGCUACAUCCCCAACUGUUCAACAGAGACUAAUGGCAUCUCAGUCACAAAUAACUGUAAUUAGUUUCUUUCUCUUUUGUUUGUGUUUUUUCAAUGGUUGAGAAUUUGGUAUCGGUAAUGGUUAAAUGGGACGUUCAAAAUGGUGUAAUAUGACCAAAUAGAUGGAAAGAAAGAUGGAAAAUCAUUUAAGGCACUCCGGACGACAGGCUAUCCUAUGAGAAGCAAGCAGAGGGCUGCCAACAUGUGUUUCAUCGGUGCACAGAGCAGCGAAAGAGAGAAUGGACAUAACAAGGAGCCCCUCUGAGCACCGGAUCGAUUUGUGGAGAAGAGUUUCAGAAAAUAUAAAGGCGAAAUAAAUAUAGCAAUACUGUAAAGACAUUUCACACUGGAGUGCAUUAGUUUGUGUGACUCGAAUCACACUGUCUUUGGUUUGUAAUAUCUGCACUGAAGACAAAAGUGUUACUCUAAAUUAAAGUGAGGCAUAAAGCUUUUGUUAAUGAA